UACAGGGUGUUGGUCGGUUUAACUUAGCCGAGCAGAGACAGUAAAAACAGGGUUUGGUUAUGUUAUUGUUACUGUUACUGCAGUUGCUGAUAUACUGCUAUGGCAGAUGAGAGCAGAGAAGCUACGGCAUUCAGAAUCCGAGAAUGCUGAAAAAAUUGAGUGAGUUUGACAUUUUCAAAGAAACAAAAAUAGAAGAUUCUAAAGAUAGGAAAGAGAAACAUGCAAUGCACCAGAAUAGAGAAAAGCAGAAUGCAGGCUCCACAUUGUUUGGCUAAUUAUUGGGAGCAGAGGUGAUCCCUUGGUUUUGUUUCGUGCAAAGAUUGAAGCCGUUAGAGAGAGGAAAAUCCCUUAUAGGGAAUCGAGAAGACCCCAUUUCAGGCUUCUUUAUUGUUGUUAUUGUUCAUUCUAAAUUGAAAAAAAUCCUCAUCCUCAUCCUCAACCCCAGGAGGUAUGGGGAAGAUAGAAAAAACAAUAAUGGCUUUCAUACAACCUUUUCUAUCACCCUUCAGCUCAUCAUCUCUGAUGGCUACCCUCCUGGUCCUCAUCACCCUUCUCUUUUCCUUUUCCUCUCCUUCAUUGGCCUUGUCUCCCUCAGAAAUCUUCCAACCAAAAGACAAUUUCUUGAUCGAUUGUGGAGCAGACAGUGUUUCCACCCUCCCUGAUGGACGACAUUUCAAGACAGACCCUCAAGCUACUUCUUUCUUGAAAGCCAAUGAUGAGUACAAAGUCAAUGCAGCAGAUGCAAAUUUAUCUUCACCUAUAUACAAUAGUGCAAGGAUCUUCAUCCAGGAAGCAAUAUACUCCUUCCAUUUGGUCCAGCCAGGUUUUCACUGGGUUCGCCUUCAUUUCUACCCCGUCAAGAACAAUGUCUUUGAUCUCCAGAAGGCCACUUUCUCUGUCUACACCGAUACCUACGUGCUUCUCCACAGUUUCAAUGUCAACAACACUGACGAGCCAAUCCUCAAGGAGUACCUCAUCAAUGCAACUGAGCCUCAGUUCUCCAUUUCCUUCAUCCCCUUGAAGAACUCAGCCGCAUUCAUCAAUGCCAUUGAGGUUGUUUCCGCUCCUGAUGAACUUAUCUUCGACACCGCCACCAGCCUUUUCCCUGUUGAGGAGUUCUCCGGCAUCACAUCCUAUGGCUUGCAGCCUGUUUUCAGGGUCAACAAUGGAGGGCCUCUCAUCACCUCAUCGAAUGAUACCCUUGGGAGGACUUGGGAUCCUGAUGAGAGUUUCCUCACAAACAAGAACUUGGCCAAGAGUGUCUCGGUGGCUACCAAUGUGGUUAAAUUCCCCCAGCACAAUCCUGCAAUCUCCUCUCUGACAGCUCCACAAACUGUGUAUGCUUCUGCCACUGAGAUGGCUGAUGCUGGUGUUAACCAGCCAAAUUUCAACGUCUCGUGGAAAUUUGAUGUGGACACUUCUUUUAGCUACCUUGUUAGGCUUCACUUCUGUGAUAUUGUUAGCAAAGGGCUCAAUCAACUCUACUUUAAUGUGUAUGUUAAUGGGAAAAUGGCAAUCUCUAACUUUGAUUUGUCAGCCACCACGGGUGCCUUGUCAACCCCAUAUUACAAGGACAUUGUGGUGAAUGCAACAUUGAUGACCGAGGGACUAUCAAUUCAGGUUGGUCCAACCUCUGGUGGUAGUGCAAGUGCCAAUGCCCUUGUGAAUGGCAUAGAGGUCAUGAAGAUGAGCAACACUGUGAACAGUUUGGAUGGAGAAUUUGGGGUUGAUGGAAGAAGUGUUAGUGGUUCUAGCCGCGGCACGGUGGCUGCAGUUGGAUUUGCCAUGAUGUUUGGAGCCUUUGUCGGGCUCGGAGCUAUGGUGAUCAAGUGGCACAAGAGGCCUCAAGACUGGCAGAAGAGGAACAGCUUCUCUUCAUGGUUGCUGCCUCUGCAUGCUGGUGACACAAGCUUCAUGAGCAGCAAGAACUCGAUGGGAAAGAGCAACUUUUUCUCCUCAUCAAUGGGACUAGGCCGGUACUUCUCCUUCGCUGAACUUCAGGAAGCAACCAAGAACUUUGACUCAAAGAACAUCAUUGGUGUUGGUGGAUUUGGCAAUGUGUAUUUGGGUGUGAUAGAUGAGGGGACUCAAGUGGCAGUCAAGAGAGGAAACCCUCAAUCAGAGCAAGGCAUCAACGAAUUCCAGACAGAAAUCCAAAUGUUGUCGAAGCUCAGGCACAGGCACUUGGUGUCCUUGAUUGGAUACUGUGAUGAGAAUGAUGAGAUGAUCCUGGUUUAUGAGUACAUGCCCAAUGGACACUUCAGAGACCAUCUUUAUGGAAAGAACAUGCCUCCUCUCUCAUGGAAGCAAAGGCUAGAGAUCUGCAUCGGUUCAGCUCGUGGCCUUCACUACCUUCACACAGGCACAGCUCAAGGCAUCAUUCACCGUGAUGUCAAGACCACCAACAUCUUGCUUGAUGAGAAUUUGACAGCCAAGGUUUCUGAUUUUGGACUUUCCAAGGAUGCACCAAUGGGGCAGGGACAUGUUAGCACUGCAGUGAAGGGUAGCUUUGGUUAUCUUGACCCUGAGUACUUCAGAAGACAGCAACUCACAGAAAAAUCUGAUGUCUACUCCUUUGGGGUGGUUCUGCUUGAGGCACUGUGUGCAAGGCCAGCCAUCAACCCUCAGUUGCCCCGUGAACAAGUAAACUUGGCCGAUUGGGCGAUGCAGUGGAAGAGAAAGGGCUUGCUUGACAAGAUCAUAGACCCUCAACUGAUUGGAUCAAUCAAUCCUGAAUCUAUGAAGAAGUUUGCUGAGGCUGCUGAGAAGUGUUUGGCUGAUCAUGGAGUGGAUAGGCCUUCAAUGGGAGAUGUUUUGUGGAACUUGGAGUAUGCUUUGCAGCUUCAAGAGGCCUUCACACAAGGAAAGCCUGAGGAGGCUCCUACUUCACCUCUCCCACAAGCACCUGCCACUCCUACUGAUGACACUCCGACCCAGCCGCCGGCGCCAGCAGCACCAGCAGCACCAGCGGCGGCAGUGCCACGUGCAGAAGUGAAUAAUGCUACACCAGAAGUGCAUUCUAUUGAUGACCAUUCUGGAACUGCAAUGUUUGCUCAGUUUAACAAUCUCAAUGGCAGGUGAAAGGCUAAUUUUUUCAUGAAUGAAACCUCCAACUGGACUGCCACUCAUCUCUAGGAGACGUUAUAGUAACUUCGUGAAGACUUGGACCAAAAAAUUCCUGUGUAAUUGUGUGUUGUUUCUCGAGUAGGUUCUCUUGUCCUCUUGUAUUGUGUGUGGGGUAUUAUUUUGCAUGACAGCAAAAGAGUGUAUCAGAUGUGUAAUGUGAUUAACUUGUUGGCUUGUGAGAACACAUGCAUUCUGCAGUACCAUUAAUCAUGUAUGGUAUUAUAUAAAUGAAUUGUUGUAUAUUGAUAUG